AUGUGCAAAGGUGCAGGUCAACAACCCUCUUCAGAUGUUCCAUCUUCUAGCCCUUCCUCUACUUCUGCUGUACCUGAGAAUAUUGAUGCUGAAGAAAAUAUACCACACGGAGCUGACUCAGAUUUAACUUCAUCUCGUGAUGAGAACACAGAAGCAAAUGAAAUUGAGAAAAAUGUGUUUGUAUUCAACAGUGACCCGGCUACUUGGAUUGCAAAUGAAUUUUAUCGAGAGUACGUUGCAUUGAAUGGUUACAACCAGAAUAAAAAUUCAGAUUUUAAAGAAUCCAAACGAGUGUACUCUGAAGGUAAUAGGUACUUGAACCAUUCUGCUUUUAAAAAAAAACUUCUAAAUGGUGAAAUAGGAGAUCGUACGUGGCUAGUUUAUUCCAAGAGUACAGGUUCUGUUAUUUGUGCACCAUGUUUUCUCUUUGGAGACACAACUGACGAAUUUGCGUUUAAACAAGGAUUCAAUGAUUGGAAGAACAUUCACCACUUGGCUCCUGCCCACGAAAAUUCCGACCAUCAUAAACAAUCUUUCCUAAAAUUGUUUGAAAGAGCUCAAAUAAGUGGAAGAGUAGAUCAAGGUUUAGCAGAACAACUUCAAGAAGAAAUUUCUUACUGGAAAGAAGUUCUUAAAAGAAUUGUUGCUACUGUCAAAACUUUGGCAAGUCGUGGACUCUCAUUUAGGGGUACCAAUGAGCAUUUUGGUGUUCCUAACAAUGGAAAUUUUCUGAUGUUAUUGGAAUAUUUACGACAAUUCGAUCCAUUUAUAGAUGAGCAUAUUCGUAAUUAUGGAGAUAAAGGUAGUGGUAGUACAAGCUACCUAUCCAAAACUAUUUAUGAAGAAGUUAUUGAAAUUAUGGCUGGAAAAGUGACAUCAAAAAUAGUAGAAGAAAUCAAAAUUGCAAAAUACUAUUCUAUUAUUGUGGAUUCAACGCCGGAUAUCUCUAAUAUCGACCAACUUUCAUUCAUUUUACGAUAUGUUAAACCAGACGGCACUGUGGCUGAACGUUUCUUAACUUUACUAGAAAAUCCGGGUCACAAAGGUAAAGAUUUAUAUGAUGCAGUCACUUCUACUUUGAAAUCUCAUGGAAUUGACAUUCUUGAUAUGAGAGGACAAUCUUACGAUAAUGCUGCUAACAUGAAGGGCAUAUAUUCCGGACUUCAAGCUCGAAUCAAAAAGGACAAUCCUCUGGCAGAGUACACACCAUGCAGUGCUCAUUCGUUGAAUUUGGUAGGCACCCAUGCUGCAGAAAGUUGUUCAGAAGCGAGUAGGUUUUUUGAAUUGGUCCAGGAGGUGUAUAAUUUUUUUUCCGAUUCAACAGAGAGAUGGUUUGUUAUGCAGCAUUUUGCUGAUUCAAAAUUUGCUAAACUGAAAUCACUGUCUACAACUCGUUGGUCUGCACGCGCUGAUGCGGUUUCUGUUAUGAAUGAAUUUUGGAGUGAAAUAAUAAAUGCUUUAUCAGCUUAUGAAGAAAAUUCCAAUGAAAAAGCAAUAGUCCGAAGUAAAGCUAAAGGUCUUCGAAAGAAAAUGCAACGACUAGAAAGUGCGUUAAUGCUAAGUAUUUGGUCUGUUUUACUUGAACGAUUUGACGCUACAAGUCAGAAAUUACAAGCUGUGGAUACCAGCAUUUCAGAUACAUUGGAUUUGUACAAAUCAUUGGUUGGUUUUAUAGAAGAUGCUCGAGAAAAUUUUCAUCUUUACGAAGAAACAGCACAGAAAAUUUCUACCAAGCAGGAAUUUGAAAAAGAUGUACGUAGGACGAAAAAAAGAAAACUAAUGUCCGAUGAAUUGCCCAAAACUCGUAAAGAUGAAGUCGAGUUGAGUGGAAGAGACGAUUUCAGAGUUAAUACUUUCAAUGUUAUUUUGGAUAGAAUCUUGCAAGAUUUGAAUGAUAAAUGCCGUGAUUAUGAAAGAAUUUUUCAAAAAUUUAUUGCGCUUGUCGAAUUUGGCACAUUGGAUCAAUCUGACUUGAGAAAACAUGCGGCGUCACUACAAGAACAUUUUCCAAAUGAUUUGGAAUUAGUUUUUGUAAAUGAGUUAUGUCAUUUUCAAAAAUAUUGCAAAGUAAAAAAGAUUGAAACCAAACCGCCUUUGGAUAUUUUAAAGUUUAUUCGACAGAAUGACCUACAAGGAGUCUUUCCUAAUGUUGAUAUAGCAUACCGCUUAUUAAACUGCACAGCAGUCACCAACUGCAGCGCUGAACGCUCAUUUUCAUGUUUGAAGCGCAUAAAAGACUACUUGAGCUCAACUACUAGUCAGGACAGGUUAGUCUGCCAAAUGAUUUUGGCAAUUGAAGCCGAGUUGAUGUUCAAUAUGGAAUUUGAUGAUAUCAUCAAAACCUUUGCUGAAAAAAAAGCAAGAAGAAAAAUUUUUGACAGCACACCUAGGUCGGCUAAGUCCUAAGAAUACCUAUAUAAUAUACCUGUAAAAUUUAAUCGUUUUAAUAUACCUAAUCCUCAUAUUGUUAAUCUUACACAUGUACCUAAUGAAAAUAAAGUUAAAUAAUUUUUAAUAUGUUGCCUUACUAACGAAGUAACGGAUCAUUCAAUGUUCACACAAACCAAAAAAUUUGGGGGGUGGAAGGGGCGGCAAAUUUUAUUCUGCCUAGGGCGGCCUAAUGCUAAAUCCGGCCCUGACUA